AUGACAACAGCAUUGCUGCAGCAGCAGCAGCCGAGAGUUGACUGCGUGGAGCCCGCUUGUGCGACUGCAGCAGCUGCUGCUGCAGCAGAGACACUGCAGCAGCAACAGCAGCAGCAGCUGCUGCCUGUUUUGCUGCUGAGCUGCAGCGGGGGAUCGGACAGCACGGCGCUGCUGCAUGCAGUUGCCCGCGCCCUCGGCCGCCGUGCUGCAACCCCAGCUGCUGUUGCUGCUGCUGCUGCUGCUGCGGCUGGCUGCAGCUUUGAGCAGGCGGUGCAGCAGCAGGAACAACAGAAGCAGCAGCAGCAACGCUUACAGCAGCAGCAGCAGCAGCAGUGCCAAUCGCAGCAGCAGCAACAGCAGCAUAGAGAUCUACGAGAAGACACCGCAGCAGCAUCGAGCGCGAGUAGCCACUUGCCGAGCAGCAGCAACAGCAGCAACAGCAGCAGCAGCAGCAGCAGCAGCAGGAUGGCAGCAUGCAUGCAGAUGGAGGGCAUGAGUUUGUUGGUUGCUGCUGUUUAUUUUAAUCAUCGUCUGCGGCCGAAAGAAACAAAAAAAAGCAGCAACAGCAGCAACAGCAGCAGCAGCAGCAGCAGCAGCAGGAUGGCAGCAUGCAUGCAGAUGGAAGGCAUGAGUUUGUUGGUUGCUGCUGUUUAUUUUAAUCAUCGUCUGCGGCCGAAAGAAACAAAAAAGGAGCUGCAGCAAAUAGCAGCAGCAUGCAGAGUGUACAGCAUCCCGCUGCACUGUAGAGAGCUCCCAGACAACCUGCUGCUUGCAUGCAAAAAGCAGCAGCAGCAGCAGCAGCAGCAACAGCAGCAGCAGCAGCAGCAUGGGGGGAGCAGCAAACGCAGCAGCAAAGGCUCGCCGCAGCAGCUCCUACGCAACUGGCGCCGGCUCGAGGCAGCAGCCUUGCUGACCCAGAUCAUCCAGCAGCAGCAGCAGCAGCAGCAGCAGCAGCAGCAGCAACCACAGCAGCAGCAGCAGCAGCAGCAGCAGCAGCAGCAGCAACGGGGAUAUCUAUUGACAGGGCAUCACGCGGACGAUCAGUUGGAAACGAUUUUCUUAAAGCUGCUGAGGGGGGUCAACGUACUCAACCUACACGAAGACUCUUCGAACGGCAGCCCCAAGUAUCGCCGCAACGCCUUCAGGUCUGCUCUCUUGCCAGCUCUAGUUAGCUUCACUCAGCAGCAGCAGCAGCAGCAGCAGCAGCAGCAGCAGAUGCAGCAGGAGGAUGGGCAGCUAGACGAAGAUGCUGCAGAUGCUGCUGCUGCAGAUGCUGCUGCUGCGGAUGCAUCUGAUGUGUUAUCUUUGGUUGCAAUGGAUGAUCCUGCUGCAGCAGCAGCAGCAGCAGCAGAUGCAGCAGCAAGCACGCUGGCGCCUGCAGCAACAGAUGCUAGAGCAGCAGCAGAAGAAGCAGUCUCGGCCGCAGCAGCAGCAGCAGCAGCAGCAGAAACCGACUCUGCACACUCUGCCUUGCAACAACAACAGCAACAGCAGCAGCAGCAACAGCAGCAGCAGCAGCAACAGCAGCACGAGCUACCUCUUGGUGUUUGGUCUCAAGUUGAAUCAGAGUUCAUUCGGCAGCAUCUGCUGCAUCGCUGGCUGCAGAGAGGAAUGGGGGGGGGAGAGGUGCAGCACAGAACGGUGCAGCUGCUCUCGGGUCGUCUAGCAGCAGCAGCAGCAGCUCCAAAGAGCAGCAGCAGCAGCAGCAGCAGCAGCAGCAGAAGGAGCAGGAGCAGCAGCAGCAGCAGCCGCAGCAGCAGCAGCAGCAACAACUGGCGUUUAGAUGUAGGGGGAGGAUUUGCUGUUGCAGUAGAUGGCCAUAGAGCUUUCCUCAUUCGAGGGCUCAGUCAGCAGCAACGUUUAGAUGUAGGGGGAGGAUUUGCUGUUGCAGUAGAUGGCCAUAGAGCUUUCCUCAUUCGAGGGCUGAGUCAACAGCAGCAACAGCAGCAGCAGCAGCAGCAGCAGCAGCAGCAGCAACAGCAGCAAAAGCAGCUGCACCAGAAAAUCCACAAACACCACCAACAGCAUCAGCUGAAACGGCACUAG